AUGUCAGAAACACCGCCUGAGUUGGAUAAAUUACCUUCUAAGACCGAUUACUAUGAUAAAUUCGAUGCGCCUAGUGGGAGUGAAUGUAGCUCCCUUGGUCACAAUUUCCAACAAUGGGAGAGUCAAUUAAAGAGUGCAUUGAGUGAAUAUCAUAAAAUUACUGAUGAAGCUGAAAAAAUUGCAAAGGCCUACUGUUCCGCAUGCAAGAUGAAGCAAGAGAGGAAAUCAAAGCCUGUUAAAGCAACACCCAAUCUCUGCGACCAAAUACAUUUUGUUGCUGCUCGUACGUUCGUCAAUCACCCACACGAACUAAAAUACGAACUUGUUCCCCCGUCGAUAAUUUUGCCAAUUCGUUCAAUACCAUCACAAGUUGGUGAAAAAUAA